UCUCUUACGUAGCGCCAACAAUUCCCACUGCUAACCACGAAAACACAGGAUCCACCACAUUUACCUGACUCUACCUGCCGGCCGUUGAUUUGGGAGCCGCAUAUCCCUUAUUUUUUUUGUGCAUUUAACUUAAUCUAUAGUUCUGUCUGUCGAACUGGUCUGUGGUUGGCUUUAAUGUGUACAACGAGAUCAACGACUUAUGCAAUUUUUGGCUGUCUGAGCUACAAGUCUUCCCGAUGUAACGCUCUUGCGGACGGAAGACCUUCAGAAAGCCGAUGAGAUGAAGAACCUUCCAUAGCCAGAACCUUGGGCUACAAUCUCAACCUUCAACCACACGGGAGAGGUCUUCGACUGUGACGGAGAGGACAGCGGCGGCAGCGGUGGUGUUGGUGGUUCCAUGGUCUUUAAUGAUCCAGGGAACACCAUGCGCCAUACCUCGCGAGAACUCGCCGUGGACCCCUAGACUCUCAAACCUCCCUCCGGUGAGAACCCCUUCCAUUGUCUCCCCUUGAACACCAACGACAACGACCCCCUCCCCGUCCUCCGCGGUUGCCCCUCGCCGAGGUGAUGAAGGACGUGACGGAGUGGUCGGAGCAGGACGUGUUGCGGUGGCUGUGCGAGGAGGGCAUGCAGGAAUACUGCGAUGCCCUGGGAGGCGCAGACGGCACCGCCCUCCUACGGCUCACCGAGGCCGACUUCCGGUCGCCGCCGCUGAAGCUGGUGUCGUCCGACGGCGGGCGGCAGCUGCUGGAGCGACUGGAGACGCUGCGGAUCGCGGCGCACAUCGCCGCAGCGCACCGGAACGGCCACCUGCCCAACGGGCACGCCAACGGACACUUGCCCAACGGCGUGUGGAAGGCUGAGGCGAACGGCGCGCCGCCGCCGCCGCCACCGCCGCCACGGCUCAACGGCGUGCGGCACGAGAUGGUGCACAUCCCCAUCCCCAACGCGAGCGCCUCCAGCGGCCCCGUCACCACCUCCUCCUCCUCGCGCUCCCACUUCCCGUCCGAGUGGGGCAAGACGGCGGUGGCCUUCCUGUACGCGGUGGUCUGCUUCGUGACCACCACCGUGGUCAUCUCGCUGGUGCACGAGCGCGUUCCCACCAAGGAGCACACGCCCCCGCUCCCGGACAAGUUCUUCGACCUGUUCGACCGCGUGGAGUGGGCCUUCUCCAUCUGCGAGAUUAACGGCAUGCUGCUAGUGGGGCUGUGGAUCGUACAGUGGACCUUCCUCAAGUACAGGUCUAUCAUUGGCCGACGGUUCUUCUUCAUUGUCGGGACGCUGUACUUGUACCGCUGUGUCACCAUGUAUAUAACCACCCUGCCUGUUCCUGGCAUGCACUUCAAGUGCUCUCCAAAGCUCAUGGGGAACUGGGAGGUCCAGAUGAGGAGGAUAAUGAAGAUGAUCGCAGGCGGCGGGCUGUCCAUCACAGGAUCCCACACCAUGUGUGGUGAUUACCUGUACAGCGGGCACACAGUCAUGCUGACGCUAACAUAUCUCUUCAUUAAAGAGUAUUCUCCGAAGAGACUCUGGUGGUACCACUGGAUAUGCUGGACCCUGAGUGCUGUUGGUAUCUUCUGCAUCCUGCUGGCCCACGACCACUACACUGUGGAUGUGGUGGUGGCAUACUUUAUCACAACCCGCCUCUUCUGGUGGUACCACACUCUGGCCAACCAGCAGUCCCUUAAAGAGACAUCCCAGAGCAACCCUUUCUCUCGGGUGUGGUGGUACAGACUUUUCCAGUACUUUGAAGAGAAUGUGAACGGCAUAGUCCCUCGGAACUACCAGCUGCCGUUGUCAUGGAGACUGUCCCAUUGGAACCGGAAUGUACAGUACAGCAAACUGGAAGUCCACUGACCCCCCCCCCCCCCCCCCCCCCCCCCUCCUCCUUCCAGGGCAACAUUGAAAUCUAUAGGGCUGACCUUUCACAUCUCAUGGCUAGUGUUGGCGCCCGUGGCUAACAGAUCCCUGUUUAAAUGGUUUGCACUGUGACCCAUGACUUUCUUAACAUCACAUAUUUUUGCUGUAUUGUAUCAAAGACAAAAUAUCUGAUGAUACUUGGCACUAUUAAUGUAUAAUCAACCUUUAAUUUUGUUUUACUAGUGUGUUUUCCCCCGUUGGGCGAUUUAAUGAUUUUCUUCCUAAAGAUUGAGCUAGCAUUUAAAGACAACAUUUCGAAAUUUGCAUUUUUGUUUUAACAGCCAUACCGACUUCUGCGUACAUUUUGCUGACACAAAACUGCAUUAUUUUGUUUUGGUUUUAAGUGUUAGUUUAUUUAUUCAGUGCAAGUAGUGUCAAUCACCGUUAAUUUGAUCAAAUGCCAUAAGCAGUUCCUUUUUUUUUUUUAUAGUAAAAAACCUUUUCUAAACUAUCCUUGCAAAAAGUUAGAUGGCAACAAAAAUAAUAAUUUUGUAGUUAACUCAACUUUAUUUUUCAAAAGAUUAUUUCCAAACCAAUGCUUUUCUAGAUUUUUACAUGUUUCAAGAUAGAGAACGGAGAGCAGACUUAAUCAGACGUGGUUUAUAGCAUUAUUCCAGUGCCUUCCUUUCCUAGAUUGUGCAACGGAUAAAUAAAAUGUGGACGUAUCCACAAGGUGGCAUGAAGUUAUUAAACGGUUGAUAGUUCGCAUGAAUGUAUGAAUAAUUAUGCCAGCCUUACCUUUGAGAUAGUUCUUCCCAAAAUCGAGUGCAAAGAAACAAUAUAUCCUGUUUGAAUAUCAACGUUUAUCUUAAUCUUUGACAUGUUUGUUCGAGUCAAGCUACCCUUGACUUAGGCUCAGCAUCUAUUUAUUGUCUUGCAUAUUUCCUUUUCAACCUCAACAUGUACACUAUAUAUUUUUAAACGUAUUGUACAUAAUGUGAGAUGGCUUCAUUCAUAGAUGUGGUGAAAUGGGUAAGGGUGAAAAUGUUAACGAUUAUAUUUGUUAAUGUCUUGGAUUUGUUUACCAGUCUUGUUGCUGCCUGUACGGAAGGGGUUUCAUUGAAGCCCCAGACUUGGUACCUGAUUGGGAGAUGAAUACGGUCUCAAAGAGCCUUCAAUUUGACAAGUUUUUUUGUUUCCGCUUAUGAAUGCAUGAAUCAUCUGGUUUACUUUAACUUUUAAUUGUAUUCGGCGGUACAGAGGGAAGGCGUCCAGCUGUAACAAUUGUACCAUUUUUAUUCAACUUGACAAAAGGUUAUUAUGGGGAAUGUUGUGCUGUGAAUCCGGAUCCUUUCGGGGGACUGAAAAAAUGUUUUGAGCAUGUUUAUAUUGGGUGUGUGUGUGUAUGUGAUAGUUCUAAUCGUAUAUACUUCCCCCUCCUUGCGGAUUCGUUCCGUUAACCACCUGAUUAGUUAAGAGAGAGAGUCUUUGUGUUCGAUAAUGCUUCAUACCAAGUUUUACGCCAAAAUGAAUCCCACCUAACAUACAUAGCGUAGUUAGCCAAAUGUCCUGCUAAACUCCAAACGCCUUGGCCAUGGGGCCAGGUCAGAUAUGCACAGGGAUGGUGGGAGAUUGGUGCAGACACUUUUCCAUGAAUGUGAAAUUGUCUUCAUCAUUAUUUAAGUUUAAAUUGUCCUGAGCACACAUUCAUGGCAAAGAACCCUCACAUUUUAUCAUAAUCACAUUUUUUUUUUCAAUCAUGAGACAAAACAAAACGAUUGAGUCUGUCUAGAAAUGCCUAAAAUCCUGAUUAUGAACCACUUUUUUGCCAUUGAAAUUGCACCAAAAUAUACGUGAAUUUGGAAGCAAACCAAGAAAACAGCCUAGUGCUUCAGAGUCAAGGGCACGUUUCUGUUUUUAAAUCUUUUUCACAGAAAUUCCUGAAGAAAAUCUAACGGAAUACAUUUCAGAGGUUACAGCACUUGAAUGGAUGGAUAGAAGGGAUAUGACCUUGAGUUCGGUCUUAACUUUUUUUUUUUAAAUCAAAGUAACGUUUGUUGUCGUUGUUAGAUAUGGCGGGACCAGUCCCACAGUCGUAACUGUGAGACUGGAUGAAGAACGCGCACCACUGUUCCCUGUGUGCUAAGGUGAAGCAGUGGGCUCUGGAAUGUGUAAACCGUCUCUUCAACUGUGUUUAUGAGCACACUACAUCCUGUAAAGGGUGAUUUUUAUUUCAAAUAUUUCAAAUAUUUUCAGGCAAAGCCAGAGAACUGUUGACACGUCCCGAGUCAGGACUUUACUGACAAAUGAAAAAUUGUGUGUGUAUAUAUAUAUAUAUAUAUAUAUAUAUAUAUAUAUAUAUAUAUAUAUAAUAUAUAUAUAUAUUAAAAAAAAUACAAUAUUAAUAAUACAAUUUAUAUAUUUUCCUACUAGUUCCCUGUUAAAUGCCAGUUUAGCCAGAUUUUGUUUUUCUGAAGAAUUGGAAAGUUUUUUUUGUUUUACAUUGAUCUAUGUUUAUCUGUGAAUUAAUUAUGUGAUUUGUCACUUUCUAUGUGCAAGAAGUUUGUAAGCUACAAUUAGUAAAUAUGACAGAGGAUACUACCUGGAUUUUGAAUUAAAGAUUUUACUAUACAUUGUA